CUCAUUUCCUGACAGCUGAGGAAGGUCAGUUCAUCUCGAUUCGUCUCGGUGCUGUAAUUUCGGCGCCGUGGAGGUGUUGGAUAAUUUCCGUGAUCUCCAUAAGGAUUAAAGCAGGAAAGGUCGACAUCUUAAAGUUUCAAGUCCUACAGAAUGGUCAAAUUUAUUGAUAGCAUCAGAAACUUAAUCCCAGGUCUGCGGCGCCCGGACAACAAUGUCCCACCUCAAGGUGUUACCGUGGAUAUGGGAGAGGUUGAUUAUGGGAAGGAGCAGGACAAGACAAAAAUGUCAUUCUACAAUCCACUUGACCCUGUGCCAAAAUAUGAAUUUUAUGCCAAGGACACAUUCUCCGGACGUAUAAAAAAUAGCAGACCAUCACUGGAUAUUCUGCGCAAACCACCAGAACCUGAUGAUCUUCCUCCACCACCGGAGGAUGAUGAACGGCCCAAAGUCAAGCUUGUUCGCUUUGGAUGGGUUCUGGGAGUCAUGAUUCGCUGUAUGUUGAACAUCUGGGGAGUCAUUAUGUACCUGCGGCUGCCAUGGAUCACAUCUCAAGCUGGACUCAUUCUGACCUACGUCAUUAUCUUUAUGUCUGUCACUGUCACAACAAUCACGGCAACGUCAGUGUCUGCAAUCUCCACCAACGGGAAGGUCAAAUCUGGUGGCACGUACUUCAUGAUCUCUCGGAGUCUGGGUCCGGAGCUUGGAGCGCCCAUCGGUUUGCUCUUUGCGUUCGCCAACGCUCUCGCCUGUGCGCUCCACACAGUGGGCUUUGCCGAAACUGUCAGAGAUCUUCUGAAAGACUAUAAAUCUCAGAUGGUGGACGAUGUCAAUGACGUGAGGAUCAUUGGAGCAGUUACUGUCGCCAUCCUCCUCUGCAUCACAUUCGCUGGCAUGAGUUGGGAGGCGAAGGCUCAGAUCCUGUUCUUCAUUGCAAUCAUGCUCUCCUUAAUAAAUUAUUUUGUUGGGACGGUCAUUCCCCCAACUCCAGAAAAGCAAGCUGCAGGAUUUUUCGGCUACCGUGCUGAGAUUUUUGUGGAUAACCUGCUGCCUUCCUUCCGAGGUAAAGAUGGAUAUUUCUUCAGGAUGUUCGCCAUUUUUUUCCCUGCUGCCACAGGAAUUCUGUCUGGCGUCAACAUCUGUGGAGAUCUCAAGGAUCCAACUGGUGGGAUUCCUAAAGGGACCCUGCUGGCCAUAUUGUGGACCACCUUGAGCUAUUUAUUGAUUUCAGUCACAUGUGCUGCAACUGUUGUAAGAGAUGCUUCUGGAAAUUUGAACGAUAGUUUAGCGCUAUCGAAUUUUACGACCCACUGCACUGGUCUGGGGUGUAAAUUCGGCUAUAAUUUUGACCGAUGUGAACAGAACCGCACGUGUAGCUCUGGACUGGCAAACAACUUCCGGAUUCUUACCACUGUUUCAGGAUCUGGCAUUUUGAUCACCAUUGGUGUCUUUGCUGCCACCUUGUCAUCAGCGCUGGGUUUCUUGGUGUCUGCACCCAAAGUUUUCCAGUGUUUGUGUAAGGAUAACAUCUACCCCUUCAUCGGCUUCUUCGCAAAAGGUUACGGGAAAAACAACGAGCCUCUACGAGGCUACUGUCUCACGUUCAUCAUUGCUAUGGCUUUCAUCCUCAUCGGUGAUCUGAACACAAUCGCUCCUCUGAUCUCCAACUUCUUCCUCUGCUCUUACGGCCUCAUUAACUUCAGCUGCUUCCAUGCGUCGGUCACCAAAUCACCUGGCUGGCGGCCGGAGUACCGUUUCUACAGUCCGUGGACGUCUCUGUUUGCUGCUUUCUUGUCUGUCGCCCUCAUGUUUCUGUUCACAUGGUGGGCCGCUCUUGUCACGACCAUUCUCGUCUUCUUCCUGUUAGGAUAUGUUUCCUAUACAAAGCCUCAGAUUAACUGGGGCUCGUCUUAUCAGGCCAGUUUCUACAAUAUGGCUUUGUCCUUCUCAAUGUCUCUGACUGGUGUGAAUGAUCACGUCAAAAACUUCAGGCCUCAGUGUCUUGUUUUGACUGGCCCUCCGAAUGCCCGUCCUGCUCUGGUGGACUUUGUGGGCACUUUCACCAAAAACAUCAGCCUGAUGAUCUGUGGGAACAUUAUCAUGGAGGACGAGAAGUCCAGUUUUCCACAGCACAGCACCGAUAUGCUGGUGGACUGGCUGAAUCAGAGGAAGGUUCGUUCUUUCUACACGUCCUUCAACAGCGACUGUCUGAAAGAUGGCGCGCACAAUCUCAUGCAGGCUUCAGGUCUCGGUAAACUGAAGCCGAACACCCUCGUUAUGGGAUACAAGACGAACUGGCAGGAAUGUGAACCUGAGAGCUUACAGGACUACGUCAACACCAUCAGCGAUGCAUUUGACUGCAGCUACGGCCUUGCGAUUAUGAGAAUGAUGGAUGGAUUGGACGUUACAGAUGCUUUACAGAGUUCAGCAGGCAGAUUAUCGGCAAUUGAGAAUCCGGCGUUUGAUGCGGACGAAGUUCCACAAUCUGAAAAAGACGAGACAGACCGGAAUUCAGAUAUUUCUGACGAUGGCACUAACGAUCAGGUCAGAUCUGUGUUUCAGACGAAACAGGGCAGGAAGACUAUUGAUAUCUACUGGAUCUCUGAUGAUGGAGGUCUGACUCUUUUAGUGCCUUAUUUGUUGACCAGAAGAAACCGCUGGAAAAAGUGCAAAAUCAGAGUGUUUAUCUUAGGAGACAAAGAGACCAUGAAGGAAGACCGUAAAGACAUGAAGAUGCUGUUGAAAAGAUUCCGGCUGGAGUUCGAGGACAUUGUUAUCAUAACAGACGUGGAUAAAGCUCCUCUGCCUAAAAAUAUGCAGCGGUAUGAGGAAACCAUCGCCCCCUUCAAGCUGAGUGUAGAACAGACCGGAGGAGAUGUACAGGAGCUCAAGAGACUUAGUCCAUGGAAAUUUUCCGACAAAGACCUGGAGGCCAUAAAACCCAAGGUGGAGAGGACUGUGAGACUAAACGAGAUCAUCAAGAAGAACUCCAUCCCCGCGGCUCUGGUUGUAAUUUCUCUUCCAGUCCCUGAUGUCAACUGUCCCAGUUCUCUCUAUAUGGCCUGGCUGGAAGCGCUGAGCUACGGCAUCCACUGCCCCGUCUUGCUCAUACGAGGAAACCAAGAGAACGUCAUGACCUUCUACUGCCAGUAAAACACUCGCAUUAACGUGACUGUUCAUCAUUAAACGCAUUUAUUACUGCACGUGAAGCUGCUGUCAGUUUCAGUGGUGUGAAGAUGUUAAACGUGCUUCUGUGAAUCAGAUCCUUUUGAACUGAAAUGAGCUGCUUAAUCCUCUUAUACAAUGAUUGUAUUACUGUGAAUAUAUAUUUAUAUCAUGUUCAUAUAACAUGUCUGUAUAAUCUUUGAGGAUGAUACAAGUCAAAGAGAGUCGACUAGAAAGAAUAUAAUAGGAAUGCAGUGGCGUUAUGCUGGUGGAGGGAAGUCACUUAUCUGAGGACCUUCAUUUUAAUGUAGAAUAAAAGAGUUUCAUGCCAUAUAAACAAGACACAAUAAUAAUAUUAUAACAAUGUUACAUUAUGUUACAUACAUUACUGCAUAUGAAUAGUAGAUCAUUAAGUUGUUACAAAUAUGUUAAAUUACAAAUAUGUUCUUGAUGUGCUUUUCAAUGUGAAAAAUACAAUUGCGUACUAUGGCGAACA